UGCACUGUCUCACUAAGAAGAUUAGCACAUGGCAGGGUGGUGCCAAAGUGGACUGGCUUCAAACUGACACGGUUUUUAGAAGUACAACCUCAUUAAGGAAACAGAUUUGGGCUAAUUUUGGUAUCUUUGCUGGAACAAAAUGACCAGAGAAGAAGGGUUAAUUGAAGAAUAUAGUUAUGAUCGAAUGGCUACUUUGGAACUGGGGAAGCAAGAAAAUAAAAAAUUCCAUGUAGAUCUAAAGUCCGGUGAUAUUCAGUUUCCUGAGGGGCUUAAGCCAUGUACUGGCUACAAAAUGUGGAUGUUUUCCUUGUUGAUGGGGAGCUGCCUUGUUGCUACAUCUGGAUUUUCCCUUUAUCUUGGGAAUGUCUUUCCCUCUGAAAUGGACUACUUGCGUUGUGCUGCAGGCUCGUGCCUGCCUUCAGCGGUUGUCAAUUUUGCUGUGCUGAAAAACAAAGUGAAUGUGAUGUAUCAUUACCAAAUAUUAUUUGUGUCAUCAUUUUCAAUAACUACCACUUGUUUGAUUUGGUUUGGAUGCAAACUUGCUAUAAACCCAACAGCAAUCAAUAUAAAUUUUAAUCUGAUUCUCCUUAUUCUGAUGGAAAUUCUUAUGGCAACAACAGUAAUUAUCUCUGCAAGAUCAAAUGUAGACUGCUGUAAAGUACAGAGAGGCACAGUAUAUGGAAGUUCUGGUUGUGUGAAGCAGGUAAAAUUUCCUGCUCGACUGAUGAAAUCUUAUUCGAUUGUGGAAGUGGUAGUAGGAGUUUGUGCAGUAUUUGGUGGAGUUAUUGCGCUAAACUUUGAUGCCCUGUUGCACAGUCCUUACCUUUAUGUAUCCAUCUUUUGGGUGUUAGCAGCUUGUUUUCCAAAUGCUGUUGUAAGUCAUGUAGCUGCUGAAUAUCCCACUAAAUGCUUGGUGGAGGGGCUCAUUGUGACGAGCAGUAUAACAUCUCCCUUGCUGUUCUCAACAUCAGCCUACCUGUCUUUCAGUAUUAUAAGGACCAUUGACAUUUUUAGAAUUUAUCCAACAAUUGUUACACAGUUUCACGAUAUUGUUUUGUUUCUUCUGAUGCUGAUCCUGUUAAUACAGGCAUUGCUCACAAAUAUCACCAUCAUCCAAUGUGUUCACUACAAAUCACAGAUGAGAAUGGAUGAUUUAUCUUGGAACAUGUCACCGGAAGACAACAUGGAUUACAGGAAUAAUGAUGUUUCCAACAACACUUUAAGAGAAUUUGACAAGGAUAAAGCAUGGAAGGCAGUAAUGGUACAAAUGGCACAAUGACAUAAUGUUGCUACAAAAAUGACAAUAUUUACCAAUUUCAUUUUCGGUGAGCACAACAAGGCAUUGCUGAAGAUGUUUUUGGAUACUGAGUUUCAUCAUGAAGGAGUAUAAUUAUUCUUAUAUAAUACCUAACCUAUAUGUGUGGAUGUUUUUAUUUUUUUUCAGGCUUGCUUUUUGAACAUUGUAAAACUGCAUUAUUGUGACAGUUCUUAAAAGGACAUUAUCAUCAAAAUAAAAAUGUUUACUUUUUUGACUGUAAACAAUGUAGUAAAUGAGAUUAGUGUUAGAAUAUCUUCAUUAUAACAGUGUGACAUAAUACAAAGUAGUAAUGUAAAAAAAAAUCAUACGCAGGUACAUUCUUUUUUUUUAUAUCUGAAGAAAUGUGAUUGGGGGAUCCUUAGCACUGCAAUAUAGAACAAUAAAGCAUACACUCACGUUUAAAUCAUGUGAGUAACAAUGGCUCCAGAGAAUCUGAUUGAUAAGUUUCUGCCACCUCAAAAAAUGCAUCACAAUGUGUUUGUUAUUUUGUGAUGAACAGACAUAUUGAACCGUACAAUAUAUUGUAAAUGUAUUUUAAAAAAGUAUUUUUGACAUUUAUUCCCAUAAACUUCAAUGGGUUAUGCCAGGUGGUAUAAAAUUAUUUAAAUUAGAAUUUCUCCAGAGUAAAAUAACACAAAUCACUCUUUAUACUGGAUGAUUGUGAUGUAUAGUAUUAAUUCACAUGUAUUAAUAACAGCCUUUAUAAAUACAGAAUAUAUUUUAAAUUA